AUGAACACCUGGUUUAAGCUACACACAAGGAAACUGUACAUCUGGAAAUCAGAAGGAUUGUAAGAAAUCAGAUUGAUUACAUUCUAGUAAAUAAGAGUUAUAGGAACAGCUGUACAUCUGUCAAAACAUACCCGGGAGCAGACAUCAACUCUGAUCAUAUAUCAGUUGUAGGUCAUUUCAAAGUCAAAAUGAAUAAGGUUACAAGUAAGUCGAUGACGAUGUAUGAUGUUAGAAAACUGAAAGAUCCCCAUGUUCGACUGAAGUUGAGUGAAAGCCUCAAUACAAAGGUGCUAAAAUGCAUAAAUACAGGAACUAUAGAGGAAAGUCUGACCAUCAUACGAGAAACAGUGGGAGAACUGCGGUGUGCGUAUGACACACUAGUAUUUUUCAAUACCAUAGAAGGGCUGCAAAACUUAAUACACAAAAUAACGGAAACAAGUAGAACAUAUGGACGACUGGAUAUAAACACCAGAAAAACUAAGUUAAUCAUUAUCAGCAAGGAAAACAUAACUAGAGCAAAUCUGUAUGUGAACUACAUGAGAAUUGAACGUGUCCCACAGUACAACUACUUGGGAACUAUAAGCAAUGAGUCGUUGGACAAUACCCAAGAGAAUAAAUGUCGCAUCAGAAAGACAAAAAGUUGAUUCUUGACGUUUUUAAUAGCUAUGACCUUUUCAAUAGC